AUCUAAAAAUCAUGGUGCAUAUCUAAUCAAACUGAAAAGUAUGGCAUCUUAUUAUUCCCUACACGAAAAUCGCCAGAUAUGAAAGCCUCCAUUGAAUACAUACAUACGUAUUCGUAUUACCAUAAUGGUUACAAGAAUCUGUUUUCGACGCAUAUAUGUUUUUCAUGCCUGACCAAUUCACCAUACCGCAAACCCACGGCUAGGAAUCUAUAAAUCUUCGUCUACCAUCAAGCAUUCAACCUCUCUGCUUUUUCGCUUAAUUAUUAGCUCCGUUCCGAUCGAUGGCCACCGGAAAAGGUAAAAAGACCGUCUUGAAGUUCGAUUCCGAGGAUGACGUGGCGGUGGCUCUGGCGAAAUACACCGCCGAUUUAUCGGCCAAGUUCGUCGCACAGAAAGGCUCCUUCACUGUUGUCCUCUCCGGAGGUUCCCUCAUCGACACCAUGAGGAAACUAGUGGAGGCUCCUUACAAGGAUUCAGUGGAUUGGUCGAAAUGGUGGAUCUUUUGGGUGGAUGAGAGGGUGGUUCCACUGGAUCACCCGGACAGCAAUUAUCUUCUUGCCUGGAAUGGUUUUCUUUCAAAGGUACCGAUUCCCUCGACUAACAUUUAUGCAAUCAAUGACAAGAAGUCCCCAGAAGGUGCAGCUGAUGAUUACGAGGCUCGCCUCAAGCAGCUGGUUGAGUCCAAGGUUCUACCUCUAUCUGCUACUGGAUUCCCCAAGUUUGAUCUGAUGCUGCUAGGUAUGGGGCCCGAUGGGCAUCUGGCUUCUCUAUUCCCAAAUCGUCCUCACCGCCACGAGAAGGAGAGAUGGGUAACUUUCAUUACAGAUUCACCAAAACCGCCUCCCCCAAGGAUCACUUUCACAUUUCCAGUGAUCAACGCUGCUUCAGAGAACGCCAUGGUGCUCACCGGUGCUGAGUUAGCCUACAUGGUGAAUAUUGCUUUGGGUAACGGGGUGGCUUCUGAUGGGAUACCCCCGCCAAUUACUGACCUUUCGGCUGAGGAUGAGCUGACCUUUUUCUUGGACAAGGAUGCAUCUUCUAAACUGUGAAGCCAUGGACAAAUAGUAACUGCAAGCACCACUUUAAUAACUAGUUCCCUCAUUAUCAUUUCAUCAAUGGUGCCAUUUUAAUUACUUCCCUUGUUGUGCUGUCUGUGUACUCCAUUCCUUGUAUCUUUGUUAUAAUGUAGAAUUGCAGUAUCUUCUCCUUAGAAAUGAAUAAGAUGUACAAGGAAUUACAUGGCUUGUCUU